UGGGCCGGAGCCCGGGAGAGGCAGCAGCGCGCCGGCCUCUGCGGGGAGUCGCCCAGUCGGUAGCCGCCGCCGCCGCUUCAGCCGUCCUUUGCGCAGCGCUCCCGCGCGCCUUCUCCUCGCGUCCCCCUUUGCCCGGGAGGAGCCGCGCCCCGGCCCCGCUCUCCCUCCCUCGCUCGCCCGCCGCCAUGACGAGGCUGUGCCACGGCGUCCUCGGGGUCGUCGCCGUCACCCUGCUGAUCGCCAGCGUCUCUCUGCUGGUCACCCGCGUCUUCCAGAAAGUCGUCGACUGGGAGGUCCAAGAGGAAAUGGUGUUGAAGAAUGGUUCUGACACUUUAAAACUAUGGGAGGAGCCUCCGCCGCCAGUAUAUAUGCAGUUCUAUAUGUUUAACGUGACCAAUCCUUUAGAAGUCCUUAAUGGUGAGAUUCCCCGUGUGACAGAAACUGGACCGUACACUUACAGGGAAGACAGACCCAAAGUGAACGUUCACAUUUUGGAGAAUGGCACCAAAGUGUCUUUUUUCAGCCCGAGGACUUUUUACUUCGUACCGGAGAUGUCAGUGGGAGACCCGGCAGUCGAUCACAUCAGGACUGUAAACGUGCCUGCAGUGGCUGCAAUGGAGAUGGCUACAGCAACUGCCAUGCGGUUUCCUUUGGAGGUUAUGCUCCUGUUGUACAAAGAAGAAAUGUUCUCAAUACACACCGUUCAUGAAUGGCUGUGGGGCUACGAAGACAGGUUCCUCCGUACCAUGCACAAAAUGCGUCCUGCUGUCAAUCCGGAAUUUGGCUUUUUUUAUAAGAUGAAUGGGACGGACGACGGAGAAUACGUUGUUCUCAGUGGAGGACGGAACUAUAAGGACUUCACAAGGAUCGUUGAAUGGAAAGGAAAAGAGAAACUAGACUGGUGGACGACACCAGAGUGUAAUAUGAUAAACGGAACUGAUGGGUCUUCCUUUCACCCACUGAUAGACCAGGACGAAACCAUCUAUAUCUUUUCCUCAGACUUCUGCAGGUCUCUGUCUGUGACCUACGAGAAGUAUGUUACCGUUAAGGGCAUCCCAGCCUAUCGGUUUGUGCCUCCUGCAUCGUUUUAUGAAAGUGGCAAAGUCAAUAAAGACAACGCUGGGUUUUGCGUACCAGCAGGGAAUUGCCUCGGGGCAGGGGUCCUGAACAUCAGCACCUGCAUGCAAGGUGCGCCAAUAUUAUUAUCAUCACCACAUUUCUACCAGUCGGAUGAGGCAUAUAUCAAGAGCAUUGACGGCAUUCAUCCAAAGAAAGAGGAUCACGAGACAUUUCUGGAUAUAAACCCAACGACCGGGUUGCUGGUACGGGCGUGCAAACGCUUUCAGAUCAACGUCUACGUACGAAGUCUCCCGGAUUUUUUUCAAACAGGCAAUAUCAGAACACUGGUUUUCCCGAUAUUUCAUUUAAAUGAGAGUGUCGUGCUGGAUGAUGAUUCUGCAGGGAAACUGAAGGUCGCUCUGCUCGAAUCUUCUUUACUGACCAGCAUUCCCUAUAUCAUCAUGGCCCUGGGAGUCAUUCUUGGGAUCGUGUUUGUUGCUUUUGCCUGCAGGCCCUUCUGGCCAAAGAAGGAAGAGGACAUAGAAGGUUUAGUAGCCACGUCGUCCUAAGCGCUUCUCAGCGAAGCUCUGGCCGUUGGUUUAAGGCACAUGGGUUCAGAAGACGAGAGAGCACCCCUCAUCAGGACAUCCUGACUCCGCUUCUCCAUCCCUUCUCACCAAUGAACUAUGCAAACUGCUCUUAACAGUCACCACGACGCAGUACUCUUCGCCGACCGCCCCCUUUCAAACCCUUACACUAAUGUAAUGUUAAAGGUCUGCCUUUUGUUUUUAAUUUUUGGAAUUCAGGACAAUUAGGCUGGUGUAUUGAGCGUGGGAAUUGCAAUGUCACCGUUGUUUUUUUUAAAAAAAGACGACUGGUUAAAGAGGACUUCUGGGUUGUGUUAAGAGGGUGUUUAGCAUUCGGGUGGGGGCAGUCCCCACUUCCACUGGGGCAACCUCCGUUUAUUUCUGCAAGGCACUAACAGUCUGGGUGGCUUGGCGUCGCUUCCUUCUGUAGCCAGCCAGAGGAAGAUGUUUGACUACCGCGACCCCUUCUUCUAUUUAUUGGACUAACACAAUGCAACUUUCUCCUCCUUGGAACCCGACUACUUCUUGAUGGCGCAUCCUGAUGUAUCUGCGCUCUUUACUCUUGCGUGUUCAGGCGUUCCUCUAGGUACGAUACAUUCAGAGCGAAAUCCUGCCCAGGUGGAAGCUACUGAAUGCCAGGGAAUCGUGGAGCUUUUGUUCGACCGGCUAAAUCCUGGUCCUGCAAGGCAGCUGAAGAUCUCCAGUUCUGAAGAGGCGGCAGGCUUCAGCGUCGUCGUCAGGUUGCAGAAUAGAUCCGAUGCACUAUUGUAUUGUAUUGCACUUUGUGUCCACCGGAUGGCUUCAGGAACGAUUGCGGGAUUUCCUAUGAAUGCAUAACUUGAAGAAAGCUCUGAGGCCAGGUCACGAGGUCCCUUGAGGCAAAUCGAAAGAAGCAGUCUCGUUCAGCACUGUCUUUGAGAAAGCCACUUUGUUCAGGCGGAACCCUCCGCGUGAACAUGUUCUAAAAACCAGUCUCUGGAUGGAAAAAUGUUACUGCAUGUUUAGCCCUCGGCCACUUUGAUAAGGAAGAUUGUUAAGUCAGUCCACUUGAACGGGUGUCUGUAAAGAAUUUCAGUGCCACGCUCUCUUUCUGAGGGCUUCAGCCUGCAAGCUACUUGUCUUCGCAUUAUCUCCAGCAUCUUCCUUUUGACCUCAGCGGCGGAGCAUUGGUUUUGCACGCAGAAGCCCCCAGGUUCAAUUUGUGGCAUCUCCGAUUAAAAGAUCUUAGAUAAAGGGUGUUAGGAAUGACCUUUCUCUGGCUGAGACCCUGUAGAACCCACUGCCAAUUGGAGGAGAGCGUACUAAGCUAGAUGAACCAGUGGUUUGGUUUUCAAUAUAAGGUAGUUUCAGUUUGGGCCUGCAGACUUCUCAAUCGGACUUGCAACGUUACUGACUUCUUUGGGGGACAUGUGCCCAGUACUUAUCCAGUAAAUUUGGGGCAUUAAAGCAAUUAUCAUUGAUAUUUUCAGCUUAAAACUGGUUUGGGUUUUACGCUAUCUCAGAGUAACAGGACUGGCACAGGGAGUGGUUUUUGUUGGUACAAGGUAUAUUACUUAGUGUUCCAGGUGGCAAACCCGUCAUCGGAAACAACGGUAUUAUUGUGAAUAAAUGUCUCCGUGGGUAUGUCACUGGCACAAAAAACCUUUAAGUAUUGCCCUAUGUUAUAGCACUUUUUGAAACUGCUUCCCACGAGGAGACAGUCCUGUAAUGAAUUCUUUAAAAAGACUCAAACUGGUCCUUAGAACGUUUUAAGCGACAGACCUCCAAAGCAAUGCUUUGGGCAAGUGUCUCGUUCUGACUAAGUAGCUAAACGGGAAAUCUCACAGGUAUUACCUCUGUCUUUAACGCAAGCAUGCUCUUAUUUGGAUCUCAGAGAGAUCACAAUAACUGCAAUGGCAGUUUACAAGCACUUUUUCCUGUAAUUGGUACUGAGAGGCCUGGUUUGUUCCCUUGGAGAUCAAUUAGGUAGCCUUGCCUUGAACACCAGUUCCUUUCUCCUCCAGAUGGGCACUGUAGUGGAAAGACGGGCUGUUUUUCAAGGAAGCUUAGCUUACCAUUAUUGGUCUCCACGAGGAACCCCAGGCCUCCUGGGAACGCAGUUCUAAAACCACUGCACCAAACAAUUUUCAGUGUCAGCUGCACUAAUUUAACUGGAGAGAUAAGACAGCAAGUCUCCGGAUACAACUGGAUGCACCAGUGUAUCUCUGAAGCGCUCUACGACAUUGGGACUGUUUCCGUUCUCUUUGCAACUGUGCACCUUAUCAUCCAGGAGUCAUGUAAUGCUUUUUCUAAGUGUUUAAAGAGCUCCAUAAACCAAUGCUCCUUCUAAGCUGUGGAGUCUUGUGAGCAAAAAUUCUACUUUGUGAGCU